AUGGCAUUCAACCCUGACUUUAUCCAUUGCACAAUUUGUGGCUUGGUACUCAAGGGCGAAGUUGUUGCAUUUUCUGGUCCCCAUUGGCCAGAACUCUGUGAUGCGCCCCCAUCCUUGAAGGUGGCAGACGAACAAGUCACACGUUAUGAUGCUUUCGCGAACAGUCAUCGUGGCAACCUAACCUUCCCUCCCGAUCGUCAAGAAAUUCACCCUCAAUGGGACUAUGAUGUCAAUGAAGACUCAGAGGAUCCCUCGGAAUGGGUGGGCAAGAUGUAUGUUGGCAUACACAAAUCUUGCGAGCAGCUUCUCCAACGCGUUAUAAGCGCGUCGCCUAAUGCCAAAGUCCGCUCAAUUGGGGAAUUUUGGUUGACAUUGGAACGCCGUUGCGCUAGAUCCAAAAUGGAGGAUUCUGGCGACAUUGGAAUGCAUUUUACCCCUUUCAUACCAAACCCUCAACCUGGAAAGCCAUUUUCUUGCGGGCUGGAACGUUACUACGUCCCCUCACCCACUCUCUACCUAUUCGGAAAUGAGUGGAAUGGAUGGUGGAAUGAGGACCCAAUUGCCAUUCCGAAUUUAACCACUGCCUUGAUUGAGAAUCUUGAGCAUGCACCAGAGCCCUCUAGCCAGUUACCAGAGGAUCUCGGGCAAUUGACAAACCAUGUUGAGGCAUUGCCUCAGAAGGUCAAAGCUCAUAUUUACUCCCUCUUCCAGUAUGGCCAAAGCUCGCUUGAGUGCACAUACUUAAUACCCCAAUCCGUGUGGAAGCAGUUCUUUUUCCAGAUUCCCUUCCUUUGGGACCUUGAUGCCCAAGCUGUUUAUCACAAAACUGGCAAGGAAACUGCUGAGAUCGAAAAAUGGAACUGGGAAAAGAUCAGCAGGCAGGUAAUGAGCCCAGCGCAGAUAUCAACCCAUGAGGCACAGGAGGACAACAACCUUGUGUGGAGCUAUGAAAAGGUCGGCCUGCGUGUUCCUGGUGGAUUCACUAAUCGCCGACGAAUCUGGCAGAUUUUGGAGGAGAUGUACCCCAACGAUGUGCAGCAUUAA